AUGGCUAUCGAUGGAAUCCCCAAAGAAAUGCUCGCCGUGCAAGUCGUAGAGUUCAACAAGCCGUAUAAAAUCCACAAAAUCCCUACUCCGACGCAACUCGGCGACUAUGAAAUCCUGCUCAAGACCGUCGUCGCAUCUCUCUGCCACACGGAUUCGAUGGUCGCGGAGGGCAAAUUUCCCACAAAGCUACCCUGUAUCGCGUCACAUGAGGGGACAGGUGUCGUCAAGGCAGUAGGUUCCAAGGUAACCAAUUUCAAAGUGGGCGACAGAGUCAUGUCUGGUGUUCCCAAGAACGCGUGCGGGAGAUGCUACAAUUGCAAGGGGCCGAACGACUGGCAUCAGUACUGCGAGAACAUCGAAGGCCACAUUGGUGUCAUGGUCGACGGAGCUUUCGCAGAGUAUCACGUUGUCGACUGCAGAACUAGCUGCCACAUCCCAGACAAAGUCAGCUACGCCAGUGCCGCCCCUCUCGCCUGCGCGGGUUGUACCAUCUACCGAGCCCUGAUCGUCAGCGAGGUCAAGCAAGGCGACUGGCUGGCCAUUGUCGGCGCCGGUGGUGGGUUAGGCCAUCUCGGAAUACAGUUCGCGCUGGCCAAGGACAUUAACGUGAUUGCGAUCGACGCUCGAGACGAAGCACUAGAGCUAUGCAAGCAAGCCGGUGCCCAGCAUGUUCUUGACGCCAGAGACGGCAAAGAGAAAGUCGUCAAGGAUGUCAAAGCACUGACAGACGGAUUGGGAGUUCACGCUGCCAUCAAUGUCAGCGACCACGAAACCGCAGCCGAUACGGCCUGCGCUGUGACGCGGAUGCAUGGCACUAUGGUGCAGACCGCGCAGCCAGACCGCGUUUGCGUUGCUUUUCAAGAACUCGUCUUCCGCGACAUCCGAAUCAAGGGCACAUUGAUCGCAGGACAGGAAUACAGCCAGCAGAUGCUGGAUGAUGUGGCAAGGUACGAUAUCAAGGUCAAAACCAAUGUCUUCUACGGUCUGGAGGAGGUGACGAAGAUGGUGGAACUCGCUCAUUCGGGCAAGAUGCAGGGGAAGGCCGUGUGCGUGGUUGAUCGGGCCGAGUUUGAAAAGGAGAAGGCGACGGUGUAG